AUGGCGUUAAAAUUGGAUAUUACGAAAGCUUAUGAUAGCUUAGAAUGGGAUUUCAUAAGAGAAACUUUAUUGUUUUUUGACUUCCCAAACCUUCUCAUUAAUCUGAUCAUGUCUUGUAUUACCUCGUCUUCUAUUUCCGUUCUUUGGAAUGGAGAAAUUUGUGAUCCUUUCACUCCUUCCAGGGGAAUUAGGCAAGGGGAUCCUCUUUCUUCUUAUAUUUUUGUCCUUUGUUUGGAUAGACUUUCUACUAUGAUUGAGGAUUUGGUUAAUCAGGGUCAUUGGAAACCUAUAGCUUUGACCAAAAAUAUUAAAAUUUCUCAUGUUUUUUAUGCGGAUGACGUUUUUCUUUUUAGUAAUGCUUCGGUGGAUAAUAUGAAUGUAGUAAUGUCUUUAUUGGAACAAUUUGGGAAUAUGUCAGGGUUAAAAUUAAGUCUCACCAAAUCAACUCUUAUUUUUCCUAAAUCCCUUAAUCAUAAUAUAAGAAGAGACAUAGCUGGUAAUUAUGGCAUUAAGAUUUCUUCCUCUUUUGGUAAAUAUUUGGGGGUGGAUAUUAGACCUCAUAAGCUAAGAAUUAAUAAUUACAAAGGUCUGUUGGAUAAAACGAUGGAUAGAAUAAGAGGUUGGCAAGCUAAGCUUUUGAAUAUGGCUGGACGUUGUACUUUAAUUAGAUCAGUUCUUAGCUCUUUUCCUCUUUAUGCCAUGCAAACUUCUCUAAUUCCUUCCAACAUUACCUAUGCUAUUGAAAAAUGUUGUAGAAAAUUUCUUUGGAACAAGGUGGAUAGAAGUAAUUAUAUGGCAAGAUUAGCUUGGGAUAAAGUUACUCUUCCUACUAAUGUUGGAGGGUUGGGAAUUAGAAGAUUGAAGGAUUGGAAUCUGGCGUUUAUGGCAAAACUAGGAUGGACUAUUCUUGAUAAACCAGAUAAAUUGUGGGUAAGAAUUUUAAAGGAGAAGUAUCUAAAGAAUUCAAACCUUUUAAACUCUAUGCCUAACUACAAUCAAUCUCCCUUAUGGAGAGAUAUCCUUAGGGGCAAUCAUAUUCUUCAAAAGGGUUUAAUCAUAGGAAUUGGUAAUGGUAGGAACACUUCUAUUUGGUAUCAUCAUUGGGUAGGGGAAGCACCUCUUUAUACCCUUGAGGAUAUUAAAAUUCCAGAGUUGAAAGCCCAUUGGUUUGUCAAUAGAAUCAUUAGAAAUGGAAAGUGGUAUCUUGAUGAGAUUCAACAUCUUCUUCCUACUCAUAUUAAGGAUCUUAUUCUAGCUUACCCCCUUUCAAAUAAUAUGGAUGAAUAG